CGCGGCCCCUCCCCCGCCGGCCGCUCCGGCUCGGGGCUCGCCGGGCGGGAGAGUUUCGCUCCCGGGUGGGAGAUGCCGCGCGGGCUCCGUGUCCUCGCAGAUUUCCAACCAACAUAAUGCUGAAGCUCCCAACUUGGAACAAGCUUUUCACAGAAUGGCACAAAUGGAACCUAAUCUGGACCAUGACAUACCAUGGUUCCUCCUUCCAUCAUACUGGGCUAAAAUGGUUGUGGCAUUAAUCUCCUUCCUCUGUUUUGCUAACAGCUAUGAUGGAGAUUUUGUCUUUGAUGAUUCUGAAGCCAUCAUCAAUAAUAAGGACCUCAGGGCAGAAACCCCACUUGGUGACCUGUGGUAUCAUGACUUUUGGGGUAGCAAACUCAGCAGCAAUACCAGUCAUAAAUCAUAUCGACCGCUAACUGUCCUAACUUUCAGAAUGAAUUACCUUUUUGCUGGAGGCUUCUACCCAGUUGGUUUCCAUGUCAUCAAUAUAAUACUGCAUUGCACUAUCUCAGUGUUGAUGGUUGAUGUGUUCUCCAUAUUAUUGGGUGGAUUGCAAUUCACUAAUAAAGGAAGACGACUAAACCUGGCUCCAAAGUCCUCUCUUCUUGCUGCUUUGCUCUUUGCUGUGCAUCCAGUGCACACUGAGUGUGUUGCUGGGAUUGUUGGCAGAGCAGACCUACUGUGUGCCCUGUUCUUCUUGUUGUCAUUCCUUGGCUACUGUAAAGCAUUUAGAGAAAAUAAGGAAGGACAUACGUUUUCUGUGUUCUGGGUGCUGGUGAGUGUUGUCCUAGGUGCAAUAGCCAUGCUGUGCAAAGAACAAGGAAUUACAAUACUGGGUUUGAAUGCAGUGUUUGAUGCACUGGUGAUUAACAAGAUAAAUCUUUUGGAGCUCAUUAGAAAGUUACUGUAUAAGGACAAAUCAUUGGAGAAUGCUGGGCUGUUAAGGAAGGGGCUGCUUUUCAGGAUCACUCUUUUGAUGUGUGGAGGGGCCAGCAUCCUUUAUAUCCGCUGGAGGAUCAUGGGCACAGGGCCACCAGCUUUCACUGAAGUAGACAACCCAGCUUCAUUUGCUGACAGUCUGUUUGUAAGAGCUAUAAACUAUAAUUACUACUAUUCACUGAAUGCAUGGUUGCUGUUGUGUCCCUGGUGGCUGUGUUUUGAUUGGUCAAUGGGCUGCAUACCCCUCAUUAAAUCCGUCAGCGACUGGAGGAUAAUUGCACUAGCAGCACUUUGGUUCUGCCUAAUUGCUCUGAUAUGCCAAGCUCUGUGCUCAGAAGACAGCCAUAAGAGAAGAAUCCUUACACUGGGACUUGGAUUUCUUAUUAUCCCUUUUCUUCCUGCAAGUAAUCUCUUCUUCCGAGUAGGAUUUGUUGUUGCAGAGAGAGUCAUCUACCUCCCCAGUAUUGGAUACUGUAUUCUCUUUACAUAUGGAUUUAGUCUCUUGAGUAAGCAAGCCAAGAAAAAGAAAAUCCUUGCUGUGGCAGUACUUGGAGUCUUGCUGGUGAAUGUUAUGCGCUGUGCACUCCGCAGCAGUCAGUGGAGAUCAGAAGAACAGCUUUUUAGGAGUGCAUUGUCUGUGUGCCCUCUGAAUGCAAAAGUGCACUACAAUGUUGGCAAGAACCUGGCUGACAAAGGAAAUCAAAGUGCUGCAAUCAAAUACUACAGAGAAGCUGUAAGGUUGAAUCCAAAAUAUGUGCAUGCCAUGAACAACCUUGGAAAUAUUCUGAAAGAAAGAAAUGAGCUCCAUGAAGCAGAGGAGUUGCUGUCCUUAGCUGUACAAAUACAACCUGAUUUUGCUGCUGCAUGGAUGAAUCUAGGAAUAGUGCAGAACAGUUUAAGAAGGUUUGAAGAGGCAGAGCAAAGCUACUGGACAGCAAUUAAACACAGAAAAAAAUAUCCAGAUUGUUACUACAAUUUGGGGCGGUUGUAUGCAGAUUUGAAUCGCCAUAUAGAUGCAUUGAAUGCAUGGAGGAAUGCUACAGUCCUGAAACCAGAGCACAGUUUGGCUUGGAACAAUAUGAUAAUAUUGCUUGAUAACACAGGCAAUCUAGCUCAAGCAGAAGCAGUUGGAAGAGAAGCCCUGGAAUUAAUACCUAAUGAUCAUUCCCUUAUGUUUUCCUUGGCUAAUGUACUGGGGAAAUCACAAAAAUAUAAGGAAUCUGAAGCUUUGUUCCUCAAGGCAAUUAAAGCCAAUCCAAAUGCUGCCAGUUAUCACGGUAAUUUAGCUGUGCUUUACCAUCGCUGGGGAAACCUUGACUUAGCGAAGAAGCACUAUGAAGUCUCUCUGAAGCUUGAUCCCAUGGCACCAGGAACCAAGGAAAACUACAACCUCUUAAGAAGAAAACUGGAGCAGUUGCAAAAGAAAGGCGGUGCCUGAUGUUCCUUUUCAGGUUGCCCGUGCAUGCUGUUUACGACUACUGUUACAUGAGUACUUCUGACCAUGUACAGAAUUCAGUCAUCAUUUCUCAAAAACAACACCACCAGCACCGCACACUUGAAUGUCCAGUUCUGCCCUCCUACAGAUCCUAACAUUUCAGCUUGAGGGAUCAUCUUAUUUUUACUUGAACUGCUUUUAAAGUCCAUUAGGACAUUUUUUAGAGGUAUAUAAAAGCAAUGCAGAUGGAAUUUCACAGCGUAACUUGUAAUUUGAUAUCUUCAUCUGACUUUUUAGUAGAGGGAUGAAUAGCAGGAGGCAGUUUUAUUUCUGAAAGUGAUACUUAAAAGUGCAAUUUCCUGUUUAAAUCCUGAUCUUUUCAAGUAUGAAAAAUAUCUGUCCACUUCAGUUUUAUUACUGCCUUCCAGUGCCAGUCCUGCAGAGCCAAUGGAAGAAUGAAUUAUCUCCAGCAAAUCAGCCUACUCCUAUAAUUGGAGUUGAGCCCUUAUGCUCAUUUCUGUCUCCAGCCUGUGAAGUGUCAGAUUUGUACAGAAGUAAAUGAAGGCAAGGAUUUGACCAUAAAUGUCUGUCAGUCAGCUCAGGUAUGCUUGAGUGUAGAAAAUACUGUUCGAUGAAGAUAGAAAUUUUAGCAAGCAGCUAAUGAAAAGAAGCUGAGGCAACAGAGAAGUCAGGUAGAGUUUCUGUUCUUGCAGGCAGCCUCACCUACCACAGACAACAUGGACAACAAGUCAGAAUUGCUUUAGCUCCUGUGGCAGGUCAGUGGUUUAAAUACAGUAUAGUGUAGGAGAUAAUUGCUGUGUUGUCAGGCAAUUCAGUGCUUUCUGGUUAAGGACACUACACCUUUCAGCUCCUAUAUUGCUGGCGAAUAAAGAGAGAAUUUCUGUGGAAAAGUAACUGUGCAGAAGACCUGACCUUGGCUGUUGAUCUGUUACCUGGAAGAACUUGGCUUCACCUUUGUCUCCCAUGGCUUGUGUGUUUGCUGAAGGGGCAGAUAAAUAAGCAUAGCUGUUAAUGCAUAAACUGAGCACACUGAUGUGGGAUGACUCAGAGGUGGUUUAUGUUGGUACCAUGUUACCUCUCAAAAGGGGCUAUGCUUUAAGACACAUUUGAACUCUGGCUGUCCAGAGUUUUUUGUUGUGUACUAAUAUUUACAUUCCUGCUUCAGGAAGUAGUCAUAUGUCUGUUAUUUGCUGGUGGUUAGUUUUUCCAGUUUGAGGUUUUUGAGAUGUUUGGGUUUGUUUGUUUGUUUGUUUAAGAUUGGAAGUUUGCUAUUGGAUAUGAAAGCUGGGGAACUUUACCUGUCUUUUCAUAUUCCUUUUUUUCUUGCCAUCCAUGUCCCCUGGGAGAAAUUGAUCAGUGCAGUAUUUGCAGCUUUCCUAAUUUGUCCAUUGAUUAUUGUGAGACUGUUUAGCAUUUUCCUCACACAACUCACCUCUGUGUGGAACCACUUAAAGCGUCAGGGAAAUUCCUGCCACAGGACAGGAUGCUGUGUGACCUUCUCAUCUGAUCACCAUAGAACCAUUUUACAUCUAUACCAUGUUUUGAACCUCCCAGAGGCUACUUUUACAUUAUAAAUUUGCUUGGAAAGGACAGUUGUUUCAAGAACUUGGUGUGUCUACAGAGCACACUGCAAUACUGCAGAAUUACCAAAGCAUCCUCUGACAAAGCUAGCUUGGGUACUACAAGUCGUGCAGGUACUUUAAUGUACUAUUUUUGCCACACUAACUGUAGAUGUAGCCAGCAAGGCUGUGGCAGUGUAGUGCUGUCCACAAAUUUGGCUUUGAACAAACUAACAUAGCUACAUUCUGAUUUUAGUCAAGAUGCCAGAGCCAUGUAUGUGUGCUCCUCUCCUACAAAUAUAGCCUGUUUCUCAGCAGGACUGAUUAGUUCACAUACGGUACAAAGCUGUGGCAAACUCCAUUUCUUCCUGGUUUCUGGACAAAAUUUUCAGAAAUUUCUUUCUGAAUAUGAUUCAGACAUGCUCUUUGAUAAGUACAUGGUAGGCAGAACACUGCACUGCAAGUAUGGCUAAUCAUCUUCCAGUGAUCAGCAUAGCUUAGUACCAACUUUUGUAUCUGAAAGGUGCUGAAAUAUAUACACACUUCAGUACAAACAGCAGAUUCUUAAAGCUUUCUAUACAUAGCCUACUAUUCAUCAGAUAGAGAGAACACGUAGCUUCUUCAGUCAUGAGGAAUUAAAGAGUUGGGAUCUGGCUGGAUGAGCUAAUUUAUAGCAGAAGAUAAAUAUGAUUACUAUAAUCAGGUCUUUUCUGUAUAUUUGGAAUAUGACAUCCUGAGUUUAAAUUAUUAUUCUCAUCAUGAAGUCCACACGUGUAGUUUUCCUGUUGCUUUCCAUAUCAGCUUUAAAGACAUCCACUAGAUCAAUAUUUUGUAUGAGGGAUUAAUUCCUUCUAGGUCAUUAUAAACCAAAGUUGUAGAAAUUCCUCUGUGGAAGUCCUUCUAUUCAAGAGUCUUAAGACAGAAGAGACAAACAAAUUGGAUGUUUUGUUAGUAUUUGAAAAUGAUGUUUACUUUUCAGUACAGACAACAUCAUUCUUCUUGAUUAUCUUUCUGACUACCUGCAUAUAUUUUUGUGAGGGUUUAUUUGUUUUAUAUAAUAUUUACUGCUAUAGAAAUUCAAUGUGAUUACUUGUACGAUGAUAAUAUGAAGCAUACCCAUAUGUCUGAGUAUGUUGAGGCAGAAUUGUGUUCAGAAGAAGCCACAAAGAUGAUUGCUUUUGUAAUAAAAACUUCCUUAAGACUU